ACUUCGGAUCGGGCACAUGUUUAUGUUUUCAAAGUGUGAUUCGUGUCUCGUUAUGGAUGCAUCGUAUAAAUUACAGCAUGAGGAAUUUGUCAGUCAAAAUAAUGGUACUAGUCCGGGAGAAGUCUUGUUAUUAUGUUCUGUGAUGCCAAUUUCUAGUUUACUUCUUCAUCUUUUGCUUUUACAAGUACAAUUUAAUACAAUAUGUCAAAUAGGAGUUGAAAUUCUGGUUUUGGUGAUUCCUACUGUGUUUGCAUAUACAAUUUGGAAUGAUUAUGUUAUAUCAUUAAUUAUUUGUUUAGUUCUGACUUGUUUUUGCAUAAUAAUAUAUAUUAGAAUAAAUGAAACUUAUGAAAAAGACAAGAUUCAUAUUAUGUGUGAAGAUAUUAAAAACGAUCACUCAAGAAUUUCUUUUCUAAAGAAUUGUGUUAUAGGAGAAAAAAUUCAUGAAUGUUUAUUAAAAGAAUUUCGUUGUCAACUUCUCCUGUCAACCAUUAUUUGUAUCUUAGCUGUUGAUUUUGAAGUGUUUCCUCGUUCCUUAAUAAAAACUGAAAUAUAUGGAUGGAGUUUAAUGGAUACUGGAGUUGGUGUUUUUGUAUUAGCGAAUGCUUUUUAUUCAGGUCAUGCAAGAGGUAAAAAAUAUGUCAAAAAAAUGGAAUGCUUCAGAAAGUUACUAAAAUCAUGUUUGCCACUUCUACUACUAGGAAUAACUAGGAUGCUCAUUGUUAAAUUUAUUGGUUAUCAUGAACAUGUAACUGAGUAUGGGAUUCAUUGGAAUUUUUUCAUGACUUUGGCUGUGACAAAAAUUGUUUGUACAGUAACAAUGUUAAUUUUUCCAUGGUGUAAUUGUGGAUUACUGUCUGUAGUCAUUAUAACUAUUUAUCAAUAUAUGCUAAGUGGUUGCAAGCUGAAUAAUUACUUAUUCAGUGAUCAACGAGACAAUAUUUUUCAAGCCAAUAAGGAAGGACUUUAUUCACUCCUAGGAUACAUAUCUUUAUAUUUUGCAGGAGUUGAAUUAGGAAAAUUCUUUUCCAAAUCAAGAAAUACAUUACAAGAAUGGUUAAAAGUUUUACUUACCAUUUGGAUAUUGAAUGUUAUUCUUUGGAUAUUCAUGAAAGAUGUUAGUCAUAGCAUUGAACAAGUAUCAAGGAGAACUGCCAAUUUACCUUACUGCUUAUGGAUGCCUCAAUCCAACUUUUCUUCCGUAAUAAUCCAUCCUUGAAAAUUUGGCGGAAAAGUGAAUUUAACCACACAAUAUAAUUUUCAUAUUUUUGAAGUGUAAAAUUAUUUUGUAAUUACAGAUUCAUCUAUUUAUAUUAUGUAUAAACUAUGACACAUCAUAUAUUACGAUCGUAUUAUUAUUUUUCGUUUAUCUCUUAACUCUUAAUUAUUGUCACAUAAAUACUAUUAAGGAGUCUUUCAUAUUCUUUUUCCAUUUCCAUUCUUUCAGAAUAGUAACAAAAGCUUUAUUUUUUUCAUAUGCUUCAUACAUUCAUGUAGAAAUAUUAUAAUGUAAAAAGCAAGGUUUUAAACCACAAUAAAUGAAAUUAUAAUAAUAAGUUUUUCAAAAAACCUUCUCUCACUGUACUCUCUCUAGUUUCAUUGAAUAUCUGAGCAAGAAAAGUACAUUUUCAGAAUAUUAUUACAUAAAUCAUUUGACAAGAUCAGUGAUGUUCAAAAAAUGUUUUAUUCUUCAUUCAGCACUUUCUUUAGAAACACUGUUAGUACACCAUCUGGAACAUGUUAGGCAAAUUGGUGCCCCAUAUUUUUGACAUGACAGUAUUAUGUUCACUGUCAACUGGAUAUACCAUGUCACUAUCACUGUCAUUGACAUUUGUCUCCUCGAAUAAUUUGCUAUUUCCUUCUCAGUAAAUCAAGGCUGUCAUGCUGAUACAUUGAUCAAUUUUGUUCUUUCUGGUUUGCUUAGGCCGAGAAGGGGCAGAUAGUGCAUCCAUAGUGAUCAGUAGUCACCGGUCUAAGUGCAGACAAUACUGGGUUACUAUCACAAUACAUUCACAAACAACACAGCAUGCAAAUCCUCUGAAUAAAGAGAAAAAUGUUGUGUAAAUACUAUCAGGUAUCUAAAAGACACAGGCAGAACUUUGUAGCAACGUAACUCACAUAGCAGGGAUUAAAUAUGCACGCUGUAAACAUGCUAUGCUCUGCAGUGACCAAUUGAAAGAUACAUGGACUAGGAGGAGUGGGGAAAUUGCCAGGGAUUGUAGUGUGAACAAAUGCCUGAGAGACACCAGAUAGUACUUUGGGUUAAGAAUACUGUACUGUUUUAUGUUAAGCGAGAAUGUAAAUAAACAUGAUCUGAGUAGCAGAGUAGACACUAUUGUUGAGUGAUUUAUUGUGCUGGGCGGCAUUCAUCAGGGAUUAAUUAACUAAUAUGAAAAUAUUUUAAAAUACGUUCAUGUUAAUACAUUUAUCAUCAAUUCAAUAUCCAAAACAAGUAGAAAUAUUCUCUCUGUUUUAUAUUUUAUAACAUGUAUAAAAAUGAGUUUAUUUUGGUAAUUUUAUUUAAUUUUACUUUUUGUAAUGCUAGUUGACUUUUAAAACAAAAAUAAAAACUGUAAGAACUCUGUGUCAAAGAAGCUGAUGCAUUUUAUAAUCAUUUGUAAAAGUUAAUAUUAUAUAUCAGAGUUUCUCAAACUUUUUGCUCGUGCAGCCCAAUUUAUUUGAUUGUAAUGGUUCCCCCACCCAAAUGUUUAAUAUAAAAUUUUUUAAAAACCUGGUAAACUACAGUCACUGUAUAUUAUAUAACAAAAUAAAAUUAUGCAUUAUUGAUGAUAACUUCUACAUGUGAAAUGUGACAUUGAGUACAAUCUAUUAAGAGCAGUUCGGGCCAAUUUUGAUUUGUAACAAAUAACUUGCUUCAAUUUCAGUUUUAAUAUUGAAAUUUAAUUAUUAAAACAUAAGACUGGUGAUUGUAAAUAAAACAGACUGUUUUAAAAGUCUAUAGCAUCAUUGUAAAACAAAUAACGAAUGAUAACAUGGAAAGAUGUUUUAUAAUAAACCAGAAAUGGUGUAAUUUCAAACAAGCAUAAUUAUAUGACAAAAGGUUUUAUUAAAAAUAAUUUAAUUGCAUAGAAAGCGAGGCAUAUCGAUUUCAUAGUAAUUGGAACGAUCCAUUGGGAAGGUGUUAAUGUUACAUACACUUAAAUAUACAAUACUAUUUAACAUUAUUUAGAAAUAAAUAUUAGAUUAUUUGAACAGAGUUUAUUCAGUUAAUUUUGAAAUUUAUAAGUUUAGUAAAAUUACA